UGAUCAUCUGCAGAUGGGCGGUCCAAAUUAAAUUCUGCAUCAGCUGGUACCCCCGCCCCUCUCCAAACUUCUCCCUUAAGAGCAACCGCAUCUCAUCUACCUCGUAUUAAGUAUCGCACUUCAUUAACCAUAACGAUCAUGGCAUACGAGUCCGACUUCGAUCCUCGCUCCGAAUUACUCCCUCACCUGGUGGACCACUACGCCACCACCACCCCCGAGGCCAUCUACGCCGAGUAUCCCAUCUCCGCAGACAGCUACGACCAUGGCUACCGUCCCAUCACGUACCGGUCCUUCGCCAACGCCAUUAACGGGUUGGCCUGGUGGCUAACCCAGACCCUGGGCCCAGGUCACGGGGAAAUCCUGACCUACAUUGGUCCCCAUGACGUGCGAUACCCCGCGCUGGUCCUGGCGGCAGUUAAAGCCGGUUAUUGUUUGUUUCUCACGUCGCCACGGAAUAGCGUCGCUGCGCAUGAGAGUUUGUUUCGGCGGCUGGAGUGUACGAAAAUGCUGGCGCCCAGUCCGUGUCCGGCGCCUGUUACUGCCAUAAGAGAGGCGGUUGAGAUGGAGCGGUAUGAGGUUCCGAGCGUUGAGCAGCUCCUGGAUACGGAAUAUCCUCAUUUUGAUUUCUCCAAGUCGUAUGCAGAGCAUGUUCAGGAAAAACUCGCAAUCGUCCAUACCUCGGGCUCAACGGGCAUCCCCAAGCCGAUUGUCUGGACGCAUGAUACGGCGAGUCGACAUAUGCGUCUGACUUCAUUGGCGCCUCCAGAUGGGUUCGAUGCUCAAUCUGCCUGGAUUAAUGGGAAACGGGAGUUUUUGCCAUUGCCUCCGUACCAUGCGGCCGGUCUGGCACAUCUUCUCUUCUUUAUUGCUGCUCGGUCUACGGUCAUUUGUCCCACAUCAAGCGUCCCAACCGCGGCCGGGCUCAUCGCGGCGUCCAAGCAGACGCCCAUCGACGUGGCGUUGGUCUCGCCGGUGAUGCUCCAGGAACUGGCCCAGAGCCCGGAGCUGUUGGAAGAAGGGUGUCGGAAUAUCCGACACCUCGUCUAUAGUGGCGGGGAUCUUCCCACUCAGCUAGGAAACACCAUUGCCUCCAAGUUCCACCUAGCCAACCAAUUCGGUGCCACCGAGGUGGGAAUGUUGAAUUGUAUUCAAUCCCACACCAAGCGAAAUCCCCAAACCGACUGGCAAUACACCCAGUUCCACCCGGCCACGGGGGCCGAAUUCCGUCGCGUCACUGACGAGGAAUAUGAGCUGGUGAUUGUCCGUUCUCCCGAGCGGGAAGCACAUCAGAUUCCAUUUGCUAUCUUUCCGGAUCUCCAGGAGUAUCAUACUAGGGAUCUGUGGGUGCGACAUCCAGAUCCAAACAAGGCCGAUUUUUGGCAAUGGAGUGUCCGAUUGGAUGAUGUGAUUGUGUUUUUGAAUGGGGAGAAGACGAAUCCGAUUUCUAUGGAGCAGGCCAUUGUGGCUGCUAAUCUGGAGGUGUCUGUUGCGCUGGUGGCCGGGGCACAGCGGUUCCAGGCGUCUCUGUUGAUUGAAUUGGUUGACAAUAAAGCGUUGGAUGCAGAUGAGAGAACGGCGUUUAUGGAGCGGAUUUGGCCGUCGAUUCAACAGGCGAAUAGCGUCUGUCCGGCACAUGCUCGUAUUGCCAAAACGCAUGUGCUGUUGGCACGGCCGGAGAAGCCACUGCCUCGGUCUGCGAAGGGGAUUGUGCAGCGCGCGGCUGCCCUGUCGAUGUAUGCAGAGGAACUGGACGCGCUGUAUGCGGAUGCGGAUCGAUUGUCUGAUGAGUUCAUCCGGAAAUGCGUGUCGAGUAUCACUGGAUGGGAUGACAUCGAUCAGUCCGACAACUGGUUCCAGCGAGGCAUGGACUCUCUCCAAGCCAUGACGACUGCCCGGCACCUCCGACAGGGCUUUCAGAUGGCUGAUAUCACCCCGAACCUGAUCUACCUCCACCCGUCUCUCUCAGAUUUAACCAAGGCCAUCAUCCAACUGGUGAACCACCAAACCGCCCCCGAGGAUACCACACACCACCCACUCCAAGAACGAGACCGUCUCCUGCACCACUUCCAAUCCCAACUCACCACAACGCCCCCUCCCAACCCUCCCCCCUUCAACCCCUCUGCAAAGCACACCGUCAUCCUCACCGGCUCAACCGGCACCCUCGGCACGCACCUCCUGCACAUCCUCCAAACCCACCCUGCCAUCUCCCACAUCCACUGCUUCAACCGCAAACCCACCCCGGACGCCCUCCACCACCAACACACCCAAUCCACCCUGCACCACCUGCCCCCUCCCUCUAGGUCCCUCACCACCUUCUGGACCGUCGACCUCUCCCGCCCCUACUUCGGCCUGAACGAGACCACCUACCACACCCUCCAAUCCACCACCACUCUGAUCAUCCACAACGCCUGGCCCGUCAACUUCAAUCUCUCCUUAUCCUCCUUCACCCCACACCUCACCGGCCUCACCAACCUCCUCAACUUCGCCACUGCAUCCCCGCGCCAGUCCCACAUCGUCUACAUCUCCUCCAUCAGCGCCGUCAUGUCCCAACCCCAAACCCUAACCAGCACUCCCAUCCCAGAAGAAAUUCUCCACACCCCAUCCCCCGCAUCCACCGCCUACGCAAAUAGUAAAUACAUCGCCGAACACAUCCUCCAUUACGCCUCCAAAACCUUACCCUCUACCUCUGUCCGGAUGUCAAUCGCCCGGGUGGGCCAAAUCGCCGGCUCCAUCCACACCCCGGGCCUGUGGAAUUCCGGGGAAUGGUUCCCGAGUUUAGUCCUCAGUUCGUUGGAUGUGGGUGCUGUGCCGGAGAGUUUGGGGGCGAUGGGGGAUCGGGUGGAUUGGGUUCCGGUGGAUGAGGUGGCGGGGGUGGUUGUUGAAUUGGCUGUCGCGGAGAAGAGAAGUGGCGGAGGGGAUGGGGAGGAGGUAUUUCAUGUGGUGAAUCCGAGGGCGGUGGAGUGGGGGGUCAUUAGAGAGGUGGUGAGGGAGGUGUUGGCGGAGUAUAGGGGGGAGGAGGUGGGGGUUGUGUCGUUCAAGGAGUGGGUGGGGAGGGUUAGGGAUGGGGUGGAGGGUGUAGGGGAGGAUGAGAUGAGGGAGGUGUUGGAGCGGAAUCCAGCUGCCAAGUUGUUGGGUUUUUUUGAGGGGGCGGUGGAGGGUGCAGUGGAAGGUUCUCAGGGCAGGGGAUGGGUGUUUGAGACGAGAUGCACGGAGGAGAGGAGCGAACGGUUGAGGGCCGUGGAGGGGGUGCAGGUCGAGUGGGUGCGGAAGUGGAUUCGGGAGUGGAUGGAGAGGGCGAAGCAUCCCUAAAUGGUCUCGAAAGUGAAUUAAUCGCCACCUGGACGGUACAGAUAAACUCGCUGAAUUGGGUCCAUUGCCUUCUCGAUGGAGUCGUAUCCCUCUUGACCUGACCGUUCAGUGAACAAGAAGAAAACCAGGCUAGGAAGAUAGCAAAGUCAUCACCUACGUGGGUGGAACGACUAGGGCAAAUUAUCAGAUGAAAGAUACUAGGUUACCUCGCUGCACAAUUCCCAGAGUCUGCGUACGAACUGGUAUAGCAAC